CUCAGCGCGUUAUUGGCUGAGAGUUGGCCGCGUGACCCGAUGUCCCAGGAUGGGGGGGGAGCAGAGAAGCAGAGCCGGCCAUAUUGCAGGGGGCCCUCGAGGGUGCAGUGUCGCUCGCGGCUGCCGCUGUACGUUAAGAACCUCCCGGCUUCCGCACGCGGCUGCCCGUUCUCCGUCUCCUGCCGCUCGGCGCUCUUCUUCCGCCCGGCCCUCUCGCGUCCUCAGCUCAACGCCCCGUACUCCAUGGCGGCAGCCGCCGCACCGCUGUCGCCGCAGCCCCGGGGCGCUGUGGGCAGCGCGGUACUGAGCCCCACGCGCAUCUCGAGGCUGCAGGAGAAGGAGGAACUGCGGCAGCUGAACGACCGGCUGGCCGUCUACAUCGACAAGGUGCGCAGCCUGGAGACGGAGAACAGCGCGCUGCAGCGGCGCGUCUCCGAGCGGGAGCAGGUGUGCGGCCGCGAGAUCAGCGGCUUGAAGGAGCUUUUCGAGACGGAGCUGGCCGACGCCCGCAAGACGCUGGACGACACGGCGCGGGAGCGGGCCAAGCUGCAGAUCGAGCUGGGCAAGUUGCGCGCCGAGCACGAGCAGGUCCUCAGCAGCUACGCAAAAAAGGAUUCUGAUCUUAAUGCAGCUCAAGUCAAACUUCGAGAGUUUGAAGCAGCACUAAAUGCUAAGGAAGCUGCGCUGGCCACAGCUCUUGGUGAUAAGAGAAGUCAGGAAGAAGAACUGGAGGAUUUAAGAGAUCAAAUUGUGCAGCUUGAGGUUUCUUUAGCUGCGGCCAAGAAAGAGCUUGCAGAUGAAACUUUACAGAAGGUGGAUCUUGAAAAUCGUUGUCAGAGCCUCAUUGAGGAUUUGGAAUUCCGUAAGAAUAUGUAUGAGGAGGAAAUCAAGGAGACAAGAAGAAAACAUGAAACUCGCUUAGUUGAAGUUGACUCUGGGCGUCAAAUAGAAUAUGAGUAUAAACUGGCCCAAGCACUAAAGGAAAUAAGAGAGCAGCAUGAUGCACAAGUGAAACUGUAUAAAGAGGAGCUUGAACAGACUUACAGUAGCAAACUUGAAAAUAUUAGACAGUCAUCUGAGAUGCACAGUUGUACAGCCAACACAGUAAGAGAAGAACUUCAUGAAAGUCGCAUGCGAAUUGAAACACUGUCUUCCCAUAUCGCUGAUAUUCAGAAAGAGUCUAGAGCAUGGCAAGAUAGAGUGCAUGAGCUUGAGGACGCCUUGUCCAAGGAGCGGGAAAACUGUCGCAAAAUACUGGCUGAGAAUGAGAGAGAAGUGGCAGAGAUGAGAAAUCAAAUGCAGCAGCAGUUCAGUGACUACGAACAACUUCUGGAUGUUAAACUGGCACUUGAUAUGGAAAUCAAUGCAUACCGAAAAUUGCUGGAGAGUGAAGAGGAGAGGCUCAGACUUUCUCCAGGCCCUUCUUCUCGGGUGACAGUUUCACGAGCUUCAUCAAGCCGUAGUGUACGUACCACCAGAGGAAAGAGGAAGAGAAUUGAUGUGGAAGAAUCUGAAGCCAGCAGUAGUGUCAGCAUCUCCCAUUCAGCUUCUGCCACUGGAAAUAUCUCUAUUGAGGAGAUAGAUGUUGAUGGAAAAUUCAUCCGCUUGAAGAAUACCUCUGAACAGGAUCAACCUAUGGGAGGCUGGGAGAUGAUCAGAAAAAUAGGAGACACUUCUGCUAGUUACAGAUAUACCUCAAGAUAUGUACUGAAGGCAGGACAGACUGUUACAAUUUGGGCUGCAAAUGCUGGAGUAACUGCUAGCCCUCCCACUGACCUCAUCUGGAAGAACCAGAAUUCCUGGGGCACUGGUGAAGAUGUGAAAGUUGUGUUGAAAAAUUCUCAGGGGGAGGAAGUUGCUCAGAGAAGUACUGUCUUUAAAACAACUGUAAAUGAAGGGGAAGAGGAGGAGGAGGAAGGUGAAGAAAUUCUUGAAGGAGAUGUUAUCCACCAACAGGGGAGCCCAAGGAAAUCUGGCAGAAGCUGUGCGAUCAUGUAAACUCUUUCUAGUCAUCCAGGUUCUUCAAAUAAUGGUGAUCAUUGUCUACAGAAUAGCCUUCUCAGAAGCACAAUGUAUUUUUGUAGUUUCUUUCUGUGAGUUCUUAAGCUGAAAGUCUAAUGGCCUUAAUUUCCUGACAUUGAAAAUGAAGUUUUGUAAAAGAAACUGUAUCUGUAACUUGCUGUUAGGACAGAAACUGGUGAUUCUGAACUCUGUGUACUGUUUGAAAAUGACAUUCCCUACCCCUAGUUUUAUAUGCCAGUCUUUUUUUAAAUAGAAACUUCAGAAGUUUCUGCAUUCCAGGGAUUGAUUUUUCUCGGACAACACCACUCCAGCCAUCUACUGUUGACUUCUUUAUAUUUAGGUGCUGUUUGGGAAGGGAAAGGCAUUUUCAAUACUAUGAACUCUUUUUGUACUGAAGACAUUUUCGUAUUACAGCGCAAUCAAAGAUAAACAACUUUCUUAUAGAAAAUAGACUU